AUGGCCCAUCUCCAAGGCAAAGUUGACGGCCCAGGGCAGAAAGGCACGUGGAGACAGAGCUCAGCAGAUCGACUAUUUCCUACCUGGCUACCUGGGUACGGUAUGGCUACGGUGUACAGCCUGGAGAACGGAAUGGUCUCCGCAGCAAACGGAGACCGUCCGCCGUUUGGGCCCAGCCACCUCGGUGAGCAGAAUGGUGACCGCCAGAUGAGAUACGAGAUACGAGACAGUCAUCAGACAUCGGACUCAGAAAUGCCGCCUGGGGUUCGUCGAUAUCACGGUACUGGCACUUGCGUCAUCCAUAGGACGAUGGGGACACCGUGGGGUCCGAUCUGGGGGCGAAACUGGGCUGAAUUACGAGAGGGGGCGAUCGCCGACUCAUUCAUCGUCGAGGUAAUCACAAAGAUCACCAAGAUCACAAUCAUCACAACGGACAUGGGGUCAGCACCGGAUCAUGGAAAGUCGGCGGCAUGGGGAUUCUAG